GCGAUGGUGAGGGGAAUUUGACAUGUCAAAAACUGCGGUUUUAGGUUACACAGUCUGAAAAUUUUCUCUCUACAUUUUCUACAUUUUUAUCAGAUCUUCGGCCUCUAGAGUGUUUUCUAUUGUGAUAGCAAGUUAAAUAAUGUGGCAUGAGGCGCGGAAACAGGAGAGGAAGAUCCGUGGUAUGCUGGUGGACUACAGAAAGCGAGCUGAACGUCGGCAAGACUUCUACGAGCGAAUAAGAGCCGAUCCCACACAGUUCAUCCAGAUCCACGGGAGGAAAUGCAAGAUUCAUCUGGACCAGAGCAUUGCGGCAGCUGGCGACAGUCCCGCUAUCAUGAUGCCUUGGCAGGGUCAUCAGGACGUCUUGAUAGACAGAUUCGAUGGCAGGGCGCAUCUGGACUACAUAGCGCAGGUGGCGAAGACAGAUGAUUCGGACGAUGUGAGCCAGGAAGAGCGCCAAACGAACUACGAAAGGUAUCGCAUCCUGGCGCAGAACGACUUCCUGGGCAUCUCGGAGGAGAAGUACCUGCAUCAGCUGUACUUGGAGGAGCAGUUUGGUGUGAAUGCACAGAUUGAGGCAGAGAAGGCGGCUGCUAAGAAGAAAUCCGGAGGAGCCACGAUAGGAUAUGUGUAUGAUGAGACAGAUCCGGCGCCGACGAACUUCACAGAAACCCUCCAGGCGGUGAGUUCGACGUCUGGCGAGCGAGGAGACUCCUCAGACUCCGAACUGGACAUGGAUGUGUCGAUAGAUGUGAGCAAAUUGGACACAAGUCAAGCGCACGAGCUCAAUGAAUACGGCAGGAAUUAUGGAAUGAAGAGCAAUGACUUCUACUCUUUCCUGACGAAAGACGCUGACGAGGCGGACGCUCUGCGACUGGCCAAGGAGGAGGAGCAGGAGAAGAUAAUGUUCAGUGGGCGCAAGAGUCGAAGAGAGCGCAGAGCUCAGAGGGACAAGAAGCUCACGAGGCGCCCUUUCAGUCCUCCCAGCUAUGCGGCUCCCGAGGAGAAGCCACUGCUGAAGGAGAACAGCGAUAAGAACGACAACAGUGACGAAUCCCGUUCUCCUUCGCCAGUCAAUUCAGGGAAAAUCACGUACAUUACAUCCUUCGGCGGGGAAGACGAGCUGCAGCCGCACUCGAAGAUUUCCAUAAAUUUCAAUAAGAACAUCAAGGGAGACGCGCUGAGCAAGGUCGAGCAAUCGACGACGCUGGGCGCUCUUCUGGAGACCGGCAGACCCAUGACGUACGCAGAGAAGGUGAAGCAGAACCUGGACAAGCUGAAAGCCAUGAACAACAUACCGCCGACGAAACCAGCGACCGCCACUGGCCAGGUCGAGUAUGUGGGCAAGCCGGUGAGAUAUCUCAGGACAAACUCAGUUCAUCGAUCCAGGAGUCGAUCGUGGGGCCGAAGCAGACGCAGAAGUAGAUCGCGGAGUCGCUCUCGACGGCGACGGUGGAGCUCGAGGCGAUCCAGGAGCAGUUCUCGGUCGAGUGGCAGAAGGAAUCGCGUGUCAAGGAGUCGCAGAAGAGGACGCUCGAGAAGAAGUUCGUCUUCUUCGUCAUCUCCAUAUCGACGGAAGAGAACUUACUCGUCUUCGAGUUCCUCAUCUUCCAGCUCUUCUUCGACGAGUGAACGAACUCCGCCCAAAAGGAGUGGAGGACGAUCAACGUCUUCGUCCUCGACGUCAUCUUCGUCACCGGAGAGACGGAAAAGUGUGCCAGCGGCUCCGCCUGUGAGAAAGAUGCCCAGUAAAUCUCCAGCUCCUGUCAUUCAGCCGAUGCCUGUUGUUCCGGCGGCUCCAGCGUUGCCACAAGAGAAACCGGCAGGGAAUGUCGAGGUGGUUGUGCAACCGCCUCCCGAAGUGCCUAUCAAGCGAUAUUAUGGACGGAAGCGCGAGGACAGGACUUCUUCGUCGUCGUCAGAAGCGGAGCCCACGGACGGUGGUGGAAGCAAAUCAGGGAAUGAUUCUAGCUCGACCAGCAGAGUGGCUACAAAUUCAACAAACACAAUCGUUGGUAAAACAUCAGCACCAGAGACCAAAGUCUCCGAGGCGUCCUUCAAGGUCAAUCCCAGAGAUCGUCUGAAGCGCAAAAUGCAGAUUCUGCUCAACAAGCAAUUCAAGGCCGACAAAAAGGCUGAAAUCGAGAGGACAGAGCGUCAAAUGCAACAACAGCAAGAGCGCGAUGACGAAAUGCGUGAAUUGGCGCUCCGACUCCGCAAAAGGCAAAGAGAAUUGCGCCACAAGUACGGAACACCGUCGAGCAGUCGCAGUCGCUCUGCUUCCAAGUCUCCGGUGACUCGUGUUGAAGAGGAGGAUCUCUUUGCGCCACGCGAGGUGGAACGCUCCAGGAGUCGAAAACGCUCUGAGGAUCGUUACAGAAGUCGUCGCGAUCGCUCUCGUGAAAGAUCUCGCGAUGAUCGGCGUCGAUCUCGCGAGAGAUCUCGCGGAAGAUCGAGAGACAGCCGCAGUCGGUACAGGAAGAGCAGAAGCAGGAGCAGGAGUGAUUGCAGAGACAGGAGGAGACGAUCGAGGUCAUGUUCCAGGUCACGACGCCGUCGUUCCGACUCGCGGGAUCGCAGUUCUCAGAAGUGUGUUAAGAAACUUGUCGAUUAUUGAUUGCAUAUGAUGAAUAAAAUGUUAAGGAGAGUG